AUGGAGGACCACCGACUCUUCAAAUUCCCCAAGCCCCAGUGGCUCAACAGCGCCAAUACCCGCAAUGCUGGCGUCUACCUCUCUGGCGCUCUGUUCUGCAUCGCCCUCUUCGUCAUGAUCGAUGCCACGGUCUACAGCAACGGACGCCUGAACGGCUCCGACCUCCACCUCAACUUCGUCGACUGGAUUCCUGGAAUCUUCUCGUUCCUUGGGAUGCUGGUCAUCAAUAGCAUUGAUAAGACGCGCCUGUCGGGUGACACAUUCGCAUACUCUGGUGAUGGCGUGGCAUGGAAGGCAAGAGUUGUGCUGUUCAUGGGCUUUGCGGCGAUGGCUGGUGGAUUGGCUGGAGGUGUCACUGUCAUGGUCUUGAAGUAUGUCACUGAGGGUGCUACGGGCAUGUCACUUUGGUUUGGAGUGGCAAACUUGCUUGCGAAUGCGCUGGUUAUGUUGAGCUGCGUUGUGCUCUGGGUAAGCCAGAACAUGGAGGAUGACUAUACCUACAACUUGGCACUAUGA